AGACUUGAUUUCUCGUUCUGCCUCUAUCCCUACCUCACUCUCCAGUUUCUCCACCGGCGAUUCCCAUACGCCGGUAGCCUCGCCGGCAAAGCCAACCACUCCCCCCCCCCCUCUCCACGACUCCACCGCCACCAACACCGUACUUCCCAAUGUCAAAGGCUGUUCUCUCUCAUAUCAAACCUCGUCACCGCCUCAAACCUCCCUCCUCUUCUUCUCUGCCUCCACGCAUCAAAAACCUCAUCACCGACGUCAUCCAUAUCCUCAAAACCCAUCAAUAUCGUGACUCUCUCGAAUCACGCUUCGCUGAAUCCGAAGUCAUUGUCUCUGAUGUUGCCCAUUUCGUUAUUGAUCGAAUUCAUGACCCUGAACUUGGUUUAAAGUUUUUUGACUGGGCUUCCACUAUUCCAUUUUCUUCUCCUCUUAAUGAGGUUUCUUAUUCUUCUCUUCUCAAGCUUAUGGCCAAGUAUAGAGUGUUCUCGCAGAUGGAGUUCGUGUUGGAGAAUAUGAAAGCUCAAAACUUGAAACCUACACUUGAAGCAUUAAACAAUGUUAUUUCUGUGUAUGCGGAACAUGGGUUUGUUAAUAAAGCACUUCAGUUGUUUCACACGGUUCGUGAAUUGUAUGAUUGUUUGCCAAAUGUUUUUGCUAACAAUUCAUUGCUUAAUUGUUUGGUGAAAAAUGGGAAAGUUGAUAUUGCACUUGAAGUGUAUGAUAAAAUGCUUCACAAGGGUGGUGAUGAUGGUAUGGAUGUGGUUGUUGAUAACUAUAGUACCUCAAUUAUUGUGAAGGGUUUGUGUGAACUUGGGAAGGUUGAGGAAGGUAGGAGGUUGAUUAAUGAUAGAUGGGGAAAAGGUUGUGUUCCACAUGUAGUGUUUUAUAAUGUGAUCAUUGAUGGAUAUUGCAAGAUGGGUAAUCUGAAAGGUGCUAGUAAAGUUCUAGAGGAAUUGAAGUUGAAGGGCUUUUUGCCGACGUUGGAAACUUAUGGGGCUUUGAUCGCUGGAUUUUGUAAAGUUGGGAAUUUUGAAGUAGUUGAUCAACUUUUGAAAGAAAUGAAUGUGAUGGGAUUGAAUGUGAAUGUACUAGUGUUUAAUAAUAUUAUUGACGCUCAAUACAAGCAUGGUUUGGUGGAAGAAGCUGCCGAGACAAUGAGAAGGAUGGAUGAGAUGGGCUGUGAACCAGAUAUUACGACUUAUAAUAUUCUGAUUAACUUUUCAUGUAGCGGUGGAAGGGUUGAAGAAGCUGAAGAGUUUAUAGAGAGUGCGAAGGAAAGGAGAUUGUUGCCUAAUAAGUAUAGUUAUACACCCAUCAUGCAUGCUUACUGUAAGCAAGGGGAUUAUGUUAAGGCAUCGGAUAUUCUUUUUAUGAUUGCUGAAAGUGAAGCAGGAGGUAAACCGGACUUGGUUUCUUAUGGAGCUUUUAUCCAUGGAAUUGUCACCGUUGGGGAAAUUGAUGUUGCACUGAUGGUUCAAGAAAAAAUGAUUGAGAAGGGUGUAUUUCCUGAUGCUCAGAUUUACAAUGUUCUGAUGAGUGGUCUCUGCAAGAAAGGAAGGUUUCCUGCUGCCAAACUACUACUUUCAGAAAUGCUUGAUCGAAACUUACAACCUGAUGCACAUGUUUAUGCCACCUUGGUAGACGGGUUUAUUAGAAACGAUGAACUUGACAAGGCAAUAACACUUUUUGAAGUUGUGAUGAGUAAGGGUAUAGACCCUGGCAUUGUGGGGUACAAUGUCAUGAUUAAGGGUUUAUGUAAAUUCGGAAAGAUGACCAAUGCUGUAUCAUACUUAAAUAAGAUGAAAAUUGCGCAUCAUACUCCCGAUGAAUACACUUAUUCCACUGUUAUAGAUGGAUAUGUAAAACAACAUGACUUAGAUAGUGCACUCAAGAUGUUUGGACAGAUGAUGAAACAGAAAUGCAAGCCAAAUGUAGUUGCCUACACCUGCCUGAUCAAUGGAUUCUGCAAGAAAGCAGACAUGAGCAGGGCCGAAAAAGUUUUCAGAGUGAUGGAAUCUUUUAAUUUAGAACCUAAUGUUGUCACGUACACCAUACUUAUUGGCGGCUUUUGUAAGGCCGGUAAACCUGAAAAAGCUGCAUCAUUUUUUGAGUUAAUGCUGAUGAGAAAUUGUCUUCCAAAUGAUACUACAUUCCAUUAUCUCAUAAAUGGCUUAACAAAUAUUACAGAUAGUACACUUAUCAGAAAAAAUGAGGAAAUUGGCAGGUCCUUGAUUUUGGAUUUCUUUGCAACAAUGAUAUCAGAUGGAUGGAGUCCAAUGAUUGCUGCUUAUAAUUAUAUUAUUGUCUGUCUUUGUAAGCAUGGAAUGGUUGACACUGCCCAGUUGUUGCAAACUAAGAUGCUGAGGAAGGGAUUUCUUAUGGAUUCUGUAUGUUUCAGUGCCCUGCUACAUGGCUUAUGUCAAACAGGAAAGUCAAAAGAGUGGAAGGACAUUAUAUCCGGCGAUAUGAAUAAGAUUGAAUUCCAAACUGCUUUUGAGUACUCCCUGAAAUUAGAUAAAUACCUUUAUCAAGGAAGGCUCUCAGAGGCAUCGAUUAUAUUACAGACCUUGAUUGAAGACAAGUUUUCUGAUCAACAAGACAGAGAUCAAAGAGUUACAAGCUUGUAGUAAAGCACGGAGUGAAGAAAUUCCCAUACUUCAUUCGGAAAUUCUACAACGAUACAUUGUUAUUCAAACCAACAGUCUCAUAUAUCUCUUAUGAAUGCACUGCAAAAAUGACAUUUGCAUAGACUUAAAAUACUUUUACUAGAUGUGGAGAAGAUCAUUGGCUGGGCUAAAAGUUGUCGUUUUAUGCAUUCAUUUGAAGCUUCUACCAAAGAAUUAAAGCGUGUGAUAACCGAGGAAAGCAUUAAGCAUGGGUUUGACAUUCUUCAAGGCAUCCAAAAUGAGAACAAGAGCGUAAAAAAGUCACUGAAGGUAAUUAAUGCAAUUUCCACCCAAUUUUGCGGAGUUUGCAUUUGCGAUACUUUCAUAAACAUUUCCAUGUCCAAUAUUACUUCCAAGGUAUCAGCGCUGCAAAUUGCAUUUUCUUUAUGUUGUGAGUUUUCCUGUGUAUUUUAGCCACAAGAUAAAUAUGUUUCUGGUGCAGUUGUCUGGCGAAGGAGAAAAAUAUGUCAAAGCAGUCUUCUCCAUAGCCAGCCAAAUUUUUCCAUGUGGUAUAUUUGUUGAUGAGGUUGAUAUGACGUGUCAUAUUUAUAUCUUUUAAGUUUCUUUUCCUUUGCUUUAAAUAUUUUAAUUAUAACUCCUUUAUAUUUCGACCAUUUUAUUUGAAUAUGUCUUUCGGUCUACUUUCCACCAUUUAAAAGGUGGCUUUAUUGUUAUGUAACUAGUGAUUAGUGACAUGACAUGUGACAUAUCAGCAUGAUAUGAAAAUAUGUAACUUUUAAGGAGGCUCAACCUCAAUGUUUUAGAUGAUGUUCGCAUGACCUGAAUUACCUGUCUACUUUAUUCAUUGUGCCUUUCAAGAGUAGUUUGUCAUGCAAAACUACAAUAUGUACCUCUAAAUACUGAUUAUAAGUUUCUGAUUUCCAAUCCACAAUUUUGAUUGUUGCUGGUGUUAAAUAACAAAUGUACGUAUGAUUUGGGAAUUGUUUCAUGAAAUGCCAAUCAAUUCGGCUGUUUUCUGCAUGUUUACAAUUUCCUCUGCAUUUCAUGAAAUUGCAAAGCGGAAAGAGAGUGACAAUGGUAUCUCCAACAGUGUUUGUGAAGUUGCUGAUAUAUUGGGUUGAAGAGCUGGUGGGUUGCAACUUGCAAUUUGGAAUAUAUUCCAAACAGAUUUGACCCAAAGUUCAGAAGUUUAGCUGAUUCUUUUUUUGUUAUUGAAUGAAUACCUAGGUGAUAUAGUUGUGAUUAUUUGCUACAAAGGCACUUCUUUGAAUUAAAUCAAUUUUCAGUUUUGAUGCCUAGAAGUUUAGAACAUGAUUCACCGGGUAUUUAAAUAUUGUCGUUUUUAUGAUAGCUACUGGCUAGUAAUGGCUUCUAUAGAUUUUCUUAUUUUCACUUUUGUGUUUGAUAUAUUUGGUGGAAUCUGUGGCAGGUUGAUGGUAUGUUAGGGAGAUGUGAAAACCCCAGUGAGCAUGAGGCUAUGGUAAAUUGGGAUGGUUUGCGUGCAAAAGAAUAAGAGUGUCUACUUGUUCUUGCUGCUACAAAUAGGUCUUUUGAUCUUGAUGAGGCUGUUAUAAGGAGGUUUCCGCCGAGAUUGAUGGUUAAUUUGCUAGAGGCUCCAAAUUCUUAGUGUCAUUUUAGCGAAAGAAGAUUUGGCACCCGAUGUUGAUUUGCAAGCAAUAUUAAUGGAUACUCUGGAAGUGACCUAAUAGAACCUAAAUGUGGUUGUUCUAUAUCUUUGAAGACUUAUAUUAUGGCAUUCUGAUAUUAUGACAAGGACAAAAGUGAUUAUAUUAUAGUUGAUGAAUUUCAACAAGCUUGGCAGAACAUAACAUAAAUGAUGUUUUCCCUGAAGAUAUUAUCAAGAAAGUUGAUCAAGAAUUCAAGAUAGCGCAAGUCAUUUACACUUGUAAUAGGAAAUCCUAGUAGGAUGUUAAAAGUUAUUUCUAAGUGUAAAUCAUAUAUUUUUUUUCUAAAUAAGAUUUUUAAAUAAAAUGAAUAUAGAAAUAUUGAUUUUUAAUUUAAUUUUCAGGUAUCAUAUAUAAAAUCACCAAGAUAUCCUCCAGAUAUUGGAACAGCAUCACAAUUAUCUACGC